AUGAGACGAGUAGCAGUCAUUGCGCUCACGUUUUUUGCACUUGCGCUUGCCGAUUCCGGUAUGGAUAUGGAUGAAGAAAGACCAGAAUUCCAUCCCAUAAAUGCCGGAUCAAAAACAUUUCAUUGGAUCUUGACAUUGUUUGUUUUGUUAAUACUACCUUCAAUUAGCACGUCAUUAGCAUUUGCUAAUAGGCUACAUUGGUCAUUGCUUCUACAAUACAUUUCCACAACAUAUUCCAUCUUUGAAUCGUUGUUUUUAGAUUUCCCGGAUAACAAGGACAAUCAUGAAAAUAGAACUUCAAAAGGUACAAGCUGGUUUUUAAGUAUCUUGUUGGGAGCCACAAUUUUCUUGGGAACUCUCAUCAACGGUAGCAAUCUCAUCAUCAACAAAUUUUAUCCUCAUUUGUCCAAGCAUUACAAUGAGUAUACCAUGCCAUACAAGAUUUAUAAAAUAUCAUCAUUGCUUUGUCUUCUAACUGGUUGGGUUAGAGUGUGCAUGGCACCAGUUGCAUUAUUUGGAUUUUGUUAUGGCAUUCACACCGGCCAAUGCAUUGCCCAUGGAAUCAUGGGCUCAGCAUUCAUCAUGUACUCGUUCAUCUUGUCAGUGGUGCUUGUAGUUCCAUGGAUUCGCAAACAUCAAUUGCACAAUAAUAGCUCAUUCAUGAGAUCACAAGAAUUUUACGACUCCACGGUGAUGAUGUUGUGGGGUAUUGUUAAUACAUUCACAGAACAUCGUUGGGGAAGAGAAGCAUGGAACAUGGGUGACUAUCAGCAUACCGCCAUGGGUAUUAUUUGGUGGGGUGGUGGGUUAUUAGGAAUGUAUUUGUCGAGAAACAAUCAAAGAUCAUUUGUUCCUGCCCUUUUGUUGAUCUUCACUGGUUGGCUGAUGAGUGAACAUUCACAACAUUUGGUAAUCUCAACAAAAGUCCACGCUUUGUUUGGAAUUGCAUUGAUGGGUGCUGGUGUCACAAGGAUCAUUGAAACAGCGUUUUUGUUGAAGGACAAAGCUUGCAGCGAACUGGGCAAGAUUCUCACGUUUCAAUACUUGCCUCCAUUUGGGUUAGCUUUGUCAGGUAUUUUGUUCAUGGGCGCUAAUGAGGAACAGUUACAGUUGGUGCAUGAUUUAGGGUCUGAUCAUUCUGCAUAUAUCUUGGUGGUCUCUGCUGCCGCGUUUCUAAUCUUUCUUUGGAUUCAAUUGUGCAUUUGGUUGUAUUUGAGACUAGUCGGGUACGAUGAAAACGGAGAGCUCGACAAGCUGUAUACACCUGUCAAUGUUGAAGAAUUUGAGUUGGGUGACAUAAGUGGAGACGAAGAAGAGGAAAACGAUACACCACCAGAGGAGUUUAGAGAUAGUAGGUAG